AUGGAUUCAAGCCAGGGAGGCGGCUCGGGCUCGAGCAAUUCCAGCGAUUUUAGUGUUGUACGAUGGGGUAACGAUGGAGACAGUUUUGUCGUCCUCGAGAACGAAAAAUUUACGAAACACAUUCUUCCCAAGCACUUCAAGCACAGCAACUUUGCCAGCUUCGUCAGACAGCUCAACAAAUACGAUUUCCACAAAGUGCGCCACAACAACGAAGAAAAUGGACAAUCGCCGUACGGCGCAGGGGCAUGGGAAUUCAAGCACCCGGACUUCAAGGCCAACAACAAGGAUGCGCUUGACAACAUUAGGAGGAAAGCGCCCGCACCGCGCAAGGCUAAUGCGCAGCCGGAGGAUAUGAUCAUCCCCUCGCAACAGCUGGAUCUCAUGAAUACGCAAUUGAUGGCUACACAGGCGCAGCUGCAGUCUCUACAGGAUAGGUACAACGAGCUCAGCAUCCACCAUUCAAUGUUGCUCCAGGAAGUCAUUGGUCUACAGAAAACCGUGGUCAACCAUGAACACGUUAUGCAGAAUGUUAUGACCUUCUUGCACAACGUUGAUGCGCAGCGCCGCCGCGAUAGCAGGCUGGGACUUCCCUUCAACCAGCCGCCCGCACAAACGCAGAAUGGCAACGUGGAACCGCCCAGCAACGCGCAAGGCCCUACGGAAGAUGACAUUCCAGCCUCGCCGCUUCAACAUGCCUCGAAAUUGCUUAGCGAGACGAAUGCAGAUGUCAUGUUGAACCCGCGUAACCUGGAGCAUAUGAACGAGAUCACGAUGCGAAUGAACGGAACGUUGACGACGCCACCGCCGGAAUUCAUGAGGAACUUGACUCGACCCGUCAGCCGCGGCCCAGCUUCUGCAGGUUCAUCUGCCUCUGCUCGCAUGAAUGACCUCGACAAUGUCGUGUAUCCUGUCGGACAUACUAACGGUAUCGACCCGAUGUACAGCGAGCAUAUCAACAACAUUCCAUACCCGAUGCCAAGCAAGCCAGCAGAGUCCACCGAGAUCCGCGUUCCAGAGCCCAGGAAGAAGAGUUCGCAGAUUGACCCAGGAUGGGUGCGCCCACCUCAGAUUUUGUUGGUGGAAGAUGACCCGACAUGUCGCAGAAUUGGCAGCAAGUUCCUAUACGCCUUUCAUUGCUCUAUUGAUAGUGCUCUUGACGGACUGGAAGCUGUCAACAAGAUGAACGCAGGCUCCAAGUACGAUCUGGUUCUUAUGGAUAUUAUUAUGCCUAACUUGGACGGUGUGUCUGCCUGCCAUCUCAUCCGCCAAUUCGACAACACGCCCAUUAUUGCUAUGACAUCCAAUAUUCGAAGCGACGAUAUCUCUAUGUAUUUCCAGCAUGGCAUGAACGAUGUGCUUCCGAAGCCUUUUACGAAAGAAGGUCUAUUGCAGUGUCUUGACAAGCACUUGGUACACCUCAAGAAGAGUCACGUGGAGGGAGGCAUGGUCGCACCACAGCCGCUGUCUUCCGCUAGGCAAGUACUCAAGGAGGAGGAGUCGCCCGCAAAAUCGCCAGCCACGACCAGCAAUUGGAAUUCGCCGAACGCAAUGCCGGGAGUUUCGCCAGUCGGCAGCAAUGUUACCGACGAGUAUCUGCAAGCUGUGCAGAAUCAUUCGGGGCAAUAUGGAGUCAACCCGAUGCAGGGUGCCAUGGGCUACAGCACAUCUCCUCAGAUGCAACUGCAAGCAAGACAACAGCAACAGCAAGGACACAGAAGGCAACUUUCCGACAUUUCAGGCGGUGACGAUAUGAACAAUCCGGCGAAACGACAACAAAUCUACUGUAUACUCGCAGAUCCAUUCGAAACCCGCUUCAGUCCCUUCACGCUCGAACGACCUAGGUGUUUGCUGCCCCUCGCGAAUACCCCGCUCAUCGAAUACACGUUCGAGUUUCUGGCAAAUGGUGGCGUCGAAGAAGUAUUUGUAUACUGCGGAGCGCAUAAGGAACAGGUCGAAGACUACAUAACACGGUCGAAAUGGAACUCACGGUCCUCGCCAUUCUCCAGGCUGGAGCUGAUCCAGUCUACUUCACAUUCAAUUGGAGACGCUAUGCGUGAUUUGGAUACACGGGGACUCCUGGUGGGCGACUUCUUGGUGGUAUACGGCGACGUCGUCAGCAAUCUUUCACUCGAGCCCGCGCUCGCAGCACACCGAGCCCGUCGGGCAAAGGACAAGAACGCCAUAAUGACAAUGGUCCUCCGCGAAGCCGGCACGUCCCACCGCACAAAAGCGCAAGGAACGAACCCGAUCUUCGUGAUCGACCCCUCCAAGGAGCGAUGCCUCCACUUCGAGCAGAUGCCGAACCGAGAGCAGACGCACACGCUCUCAAUUGACCCGGAUCUCCUGUCGGACAACCAAGAGCUGGAAAUACGCGGUGAUCUCAUCGAUUGCGGCAUCGACAUCUGCACGCCCGACGUGCUCGCGCUGUGGAGCGAUAACUUCGACUUCCAGGCGCCCCGCAAGGGCUUCCUGCACAGCGUGCUCAAGGACUACGAAUUGAACGGCAAGACGAUACACACGCACAUUGUCGCGGAGCGCUACGCCGCCCGCGUGCGGAACCUCCACGCUUAUGACUCCGUGAGCAGGGAUAUCGUCUCCCGCUGGGCGUACCCGCUGUGUCCGGAUAGCAAUUUACUCCAGGGUCAGUCGUACCGGUUACAGAAGGGCAACACGUACAAGGAGGAGGGUGUCAUACUGGCGCGGGACUGCAUCAUCAAUCCGAAGACCGUCAUCGGCCGGGGUUCAAGCAUUGGCGAUGGGAGUGUGAUUUCAAACAGCAUCAUUGGAGUGAACUGCAACAUCGGGCGCGGCGUUACCAUUGACGGCGCGUAUAUCUGGGAUCAUGCUAUCAUUGGCGAUGGGUCAACGGUCACGCAGGCCAUCGUUGCGAAUGAAGCCCAAGUUGGGAAGAACUGCACGAUAGAACCCGGCGCAUUGGUCUCGUACAGUGUACGUAUUAGCGACGGGGUGACUGUGCGGUCAGAGUCGAGGGUUACAAGAGCAAAGCGAAGGCUAGAGCAGGGCGAGGAGCUUGCUAAGGGCGAGCCAGACAUUGCUAUUGUCGGUGACAAGGGCGACGGCUUUGAGUUCCAGGACUCUGAGGAGGAGGAUGAGGACGAGGUGGUCGACAGUCUCAUAUUGAGCGGCAAGAUGUACAAUCUCGCCCAUCUUUCACUAUCCGCGGACUCUAUAUCUACGCUCUACUCAGAUUCGGAAGCCGACUUCGACGUUUCCCACAAUCAGAACCGAUCUGCUGCGGACAGCUUCGUUUCCGUUGGGUCCCAGGAUAGCUAUGCCAGCCAACACGCUGCCAAUUUUGAUCACGAUGCGUCUUCCAGCAUUUACGAUUCACUCAAUGAGGGUCACGAUUCUGCCAACAUACAACUAGAACUUACAGCACUACGCAUGAGCACCAACGCCUCCGACCACCAAGUGCGGCGAUCCAUCGUAGUAGCAUUUGUGAAGCGCAUAACAAGCGUCGUCAAGGCCGGCACGAGCGUCAAGAACGCCGUAGCGCAGGUAUUCGAGAAGCACCGCGAGCUCGUGGAACGCAGCAUCUUCGACAAGAAGGCGUCCGCCAAGACCGACCAGGUCGACUUCAUGAUGCUCCUCCAGAACGAGCUCUCGCACCGCGAGGGCGGAGACAUGAUUCUCCUGAGCUCGGCGACCAAAUUGAUCGAGAUCGACCUGAUCGAGGAGGAGGGCAUGCUGCAAUGGUGGGCGGAUCCCAAGUCGAGCGAGAAGCAGGAGCUGCUGGAUGUGAGGCAGAAGACGGGGCAGCUCAUCGAUUACUUGAAUCAGUCGUCGGAAGAGGAGAGCGAUGACGAGGAUGACGACGAGGAUUAG